CUAGUUGCAUUUGGCUUCAGUUAAGAGAAACAAAAUGUAUGAGCUUGUUUGGCUGGAUCAGUGCUGCACAGAUUAACUGACCAUGUAUAAUCUACUCCAAACCCUACAAAGCACACUUCAUUCAACAGCUAGAGAUCAUUGAGCUGCUAAUUAGACAGGUGUGCCAGAUUAGUGUUUAAAUGAAAAUCUACAGGAUGGUAGAUCUCCAGGAACAGUGUUGGUUUCCACUGCUCUGGACUCUCCAAAUAUGAGCCUGACGGUGUGCAAGUCCUGUUACUUGCCUUCAGGGGGCUCGUACGAUGAGUGACAGCGACGAUGAUGUACCCCAGCUGUCGGCCUCAACACUGGCGGCGCUACAGGAGUUCUACGCGGAGACUAACGGUCUGGCCAAACAUGUUACGCCUGAAGAAAAGUUUUCUGUUGGUGCUGUAGAGGAGGAUUGGCGCAUGAGCCAGUUCUGGUACAGUGAUGAAACGGCAAGCCGGCUAGCUGAGGAGGUGCUACAGGCAGCCGGAGAAGGUGGCCGGAUAGCGUGUCUGAGCGCUCCUAGCGUGUAUCAGAAGCUGAAACAGCUGGACGCAAACGCGCCGGCCGCGCUGCUGGAGUUUGACCGGCGCUUCUCCAUCUACGGGGACGAGUUCGUCUUCUACGACUACAGCAACCCGCUGUGUCUCCCGGAGAACGUGGCUCCCCAAAGCUUCGACAUCGUCAUCGCGGACCCCCCGUACCUGUCACAGGAGUGCCUCAGCAAAGUGGCCCUGACCGUCAAGUUCCUGACAAAGGGGAAGGUGCUUCUCUGCACGGGUGCAAUCAUGCAGGAAGACGCAGAGAAGCUGCUGGGUCUGAAAAUGUGCACCUUUCUCCCCAAACACACCCACAACCUGGCCAAUGAGUUCCGCUGUUAUGUCAACUACCAGUCUGGUCUCGACUCGUGAUGUCUGUCCACUAACAGCGGUGGGUGGCUCCAUCCCCAAUAUGAUGUCUCAUGCAACAGGCCAUCUGUGCAUGUAAAACCAUGAAUAACUAUAAAGCUAGACACUGGGCACAUGCUCAGCUCCUCUCUAAAUACAGUCCCUAUAAUGAACAUGUUAGGGUAAAAUUGCAACUGGAACUGUUGCCCAAGUUUUAGAGGGAGUGGUGGUCUUUCUUCAGUAGAUGGCAGCAGAAAUCAAGAGGUUGGUGAAUUCCCUAUCGUUAACAUCAGGUGUACAAAGAUUGAUUGCUAAUUUUAUAUCCCCCCCCCCUUCCUUGCCGAUAAAAUUUUGCCGAUUCUUUGCA